UCAAUAGUAGGUACGGUAAAUUUGUAUUUCCAAAUCAGAAAAGUAUUCUGGAACGAAUAAGCAAUUGUGGUGAUGGCGUUCGAAAUCUUGGCGAAAAAGAAUUGGAAGGUUAUCAACUUUAUAUAGUCGAACAGUGGGCAUGUGAUAAAAUACGAAGACCUUAUAAUACAAUCAUUGUUUUUACUGGAGACUCGGCACACAAGAUUAAAGCAUGCGUUGUAAUUAUCGAAGAAAAUAAAAUCGAACAUUAUCCAGAAAAGUUAAAGCUGUUGUUUGAUAGUUUAGAGAAAGAUGACAUGACUAGGCCUAAAAAUUCCGGCGAAGAAACUAUUUUUGUCACUAACUUUAAUACAUUUCCCUCAUCAUUGAAUACUAUUUUGGUUCCUGAUGGAGAUUACGAAGAUCAUAAAUUUGAAUUCUUUUUAAACCUUAAUUUAAGAAAAGCUGGAUGUAGUGGCCGAAGUGCCCUUUCUUUGAACCCGCCAACAGACGCGCAAAUAGACAAGUUUAUUCAAACAUACGCAGUUUCGGAUAGCAUACCUUUUAAAUAUGCUGUCUUGGAAUUGGUGAAAUUGGUCCAGAUCUCUUUGUGUAUAUUUGGACUUCUUCCACAGGAUUGUAUGGAUGGAUUGCUAUGUGAUUCGACAGAAAUAGCCUUGAGAGAAUUUCAAAAUACAUACCAUCCUGGCAUAGAAAUAAGAGAUAAUAUAUUAGAUCCAACGUUAGUUGCUGUGAUUUUGACGAAGGUUGUUAGUAUAAGAAAUAAACUUAAUUCUCUUGGAUACCAGGUCGGAAAAGAUCCAUUUUCUGACACGGAUCUAUUUCUUAGCGGAGUUGAAUCUUUUCAAAAUGCAAAAAAAAUCAAUUUUACGCGCAAAUUGGAUGUUAUUACCGUAGAAAAAAUAUAUGAAGCUUAUAGUCGUUUUCGUAACCCUGAUGCAAUAAGAGUUCACAAGGUCUUGAAAUCAAAAUUGGAUGAUAUAAGUACAGGAUCCUCAAAUACAUCAACUGAUAUUGAGACGUGCAAUUUAGAGGAAUUUGGCAAAAACGUUCAAAUUGAAAGGUUAAAAUAUUUGUGGAGGGGCAAGGGGGAUCCCCCGGAACAGUUUUUAGAAACAUAUUGGUUGUUCCAUAAUAGUAGAGAUUUUGGUAAAGAGCUUGGGAAAAGUAUUUUGCGCGGUGUUUCCGGUGUUUCUGGGCGAACGGCGAAAACCGGAGAAGCUAUAAGAGAUGGUGUUCUUGGGAUCAAGGAUAAUGUUACUGGUUCGUUUUCAAUUCUCGUUGAUAAGCGGAAGGAAAAGAAUACAUAUAAAUCAUCAUCAUUACCACCAGACUAUUUCUCACAGAAUCAACAUAACGAAGUUGACAUAUCUUAUAAUCAGGGAACAGGUUUGACUUAUAAUGCAAAUUUACAAAACAGAGGCGAAAAUUAUGUGAGUCCUACUUCGCCUCAUGAAAUUGGGGAUGCCUCUAAAACUGAGUUAUCGAAAGGAAGUGAAAUUAAAAGAACAAGGAGUAAUUCUUUGAGUACUUACGAAUUCAUUGCCGAAGCAAUGUCUACUCGAGUUCUACCAAGUGUUUUUAGGAGAUAUUCAUUCACUAACAUGGAUUUGGCGCGAAAACAAGCCGAUGGAACUUUAAUAUUGCCUCGGCGCAAUUUAGAUGUAGACAUUCAAACCUAUAUGAUCUAUGAUAAUCUCAAACAAAGUGAAUCAUCUUUGAAAAGUUUGGCAGAACGUUUGGAGUCUACUGUAGAGGAAUAUAACAAGCAAAUCGAAGAGUUAACAAAGUCAUAUGAAGAAAGAAUUCAAAAUUUUAAGUCAACAGAAACUGAAGGUGGGGAAGUAUUGGAUAAGCAAAGAAAGUUAUCCAAAAUAGUUUCACAAAUUGGCACUAAUAGUGCAAAAUUAAAUUAUGAGUUAGGUGUAUUAGAGGAAAAACUAAGAGAAGUUGAAGAAUUCGCUGAUACAUUUUGUUUAAAGGUUUGUAGUAUUUAACUUUUUUUUUUUUUUAAAAAAAAAAAAA